AUGGCAGAACCAGAAACACAAAGUGUCUACCUCGAUCUUGGGGGUAGCUUCCUUAAAGAGUUACCAAAUUCAAUCGAAAGAUAUCCAUAUGAAGGAGAGUGUUCCUUCCUCAGAAUCUUCAAUCUAAAACUUAAUACCCGCGAAUCCUCAGGUCAUGAGAAAAACGACUUCAUCCUGUUUCAUACGAGUCGUGAAAUGAUCGAAACCCUGUUGAAUCCAGACAACGAAUCAACUACCCUUGCCAAGAACUGUUCCUCUUUUGAUCUCAAUGAGGAACUUAUCCUGAUCAAGAUGCCAUCUCGCGAACAUUCGACCGCAAUCACUGCCGUGGACGACGCAAUCACAGCAGCUCUCCUACCAAUGAGGCUAUUUCGCCACCUAGACAAAUACCCUAACACAACUACCCAAGGGGGAACAAGAGGAAAGCAACCUGACCAAGGCUGGGGCUCUAAAAGGCCACCGCGUGGUUGUGAAAGGAGGCCCUCGGUUGUUUUAGAGGUCGCUUGGUCUGAAUCAGAUUCAAAAUUGAAUUCUGAUGUUCGAUUCUGGCUGGAUCCAGCCGAGGGAAAUGCCAGGAUUUGUCUGACUCUGAGAGUAGACAAACGCCAACCAGCAAUCCGUGUUGAGAACUGGAGACUCCAGAAUGGAAGACCCCACCGUGUCCAGAUGAUCCCGGUGAAUAAGGUGUCAAACCUCACAACUGUCAGAAACGCCCCUCUUAUUAUCCCAUUCGAAGAUUUAUUCCUCCGCCCGCCAUCUAUACCCGCCGAAGGAGAUAUUGAAAUCUCACAGCAAGAACUGAAAUUUAUCGCAGACACAAUCUGGGAUAUUCAGGGCUUCUAA